AUGAAUAUUCGACUUAUUGUUCUCAUUUUCGCCCUGAUCAAUGUAAAUUUUGUUGAACCUGUAAGGUCAAAUCCUGACGAGAAGUUGACCGUUCCCGCUAUAAUAUCCCGCCAUGGUUAUAUCUGUGAAACGCACACGGUCGUCUCGCAAGGUUACAUGCUUCAACUGCACCGGAUUCCUCACGCUAAGUAUGACAACGCCGUUCCGAGGAAAACUGCUCUGCUGCAGCACGGUCUUUUCGGAAAUUCAGCUCAUUGGAUACUCAACGGACCACGAAAUAGCUUAGCGUACGUGUUAGCUGACGCCGGCUACCACGUGUGGAUGGCCAACAUCAGGGGCAAUAGGUAUUCCAAGGGGCACGCUUGGCUCCAGAAGGAUUCUCAGCAAUAUUGGGACUUCUCCUGGCACGAAAUAGCUAUACAAGACAUGCCAGCCAUUCUGGACUACAUCAAGGGACUGAAGAGUGACAGUGAAAUCGCUUACGUAGGCCAUUCGAUGGGCUCGACUAUACUCUUCGCGAUGCUGUCGUCGAGACCGGAAUAUAAUUCCUACCUGGAGUCGGGGGUAGCUCUAGCUCCGAUGGCGUUUAUUAAGGAUAUAGAAUCCCCAAUAAUUUGGCUGUCUUCCACCGUAGAAACUGUAGCUCCAGUCGAGAUGAGACACGGUCGACACGAAUUUAGACCUGCUGUGUCGAGUUACGUGAGCGAUUUUGUUGAGCCUUGUACUCCCGAGCAUUUCAGAACAUCGUCAUGUAAAGACAUGUUGUUCUCCUUGUGCGGCGCCAACGAGCGGCAAUUCAAUAGUACAUUGUUACCGGUGUUCGUAAACCACUUGGAUAUGAGCACUUCCUGGAAGACGCUUCAGCAUUUCGCUCAGGAGCUAGACAACGAAGGCGAAUUCCAACUGUUCGAUUAUUAA